GCCUACUACUGUGCUGCUCUCAUUCCCUCCCAGUAGUUCUGCUACGCGCUCCCUUCUCAUUCCCCCCGUGCUCCUCCGCCAUGCCAUGCGCGGUCGUGGCGCCAGGCCGUGCGUCCGCGUACACCGCGCCGUGAACCAAGCUCGUUUUUGAUACCUCUAGAAGAAUAUACUCGGGUUUUCGGGGCGUCCGAAGACCAUUCCGUCCGCCAUGCGCGGCCGUGCCAGGGCGUGCUACCGCGUAUACCACUACCUCGUUCUCCGCAACUCGCUUCCCACUCCACCUGACCUCCACACCGCACUCGCCGCUCACGCCCUUCCUCACCCCACCCCGCCGCCAUCCCUACCGUUUGCGCGGACCAUCUUUGCCUCUAGUCCCGGCGCUUUCCCUCCGCCAACCCCCAGCAGCUAUGACCUCCACACCGCCCUAAACGCGCACUCCAUUCCGCCCCCCACACCGCCGCCGCCCCAACCGUUUCCGCGCACUGUCUUUGCCUCUACUCCCGGCGCUUUCCCUCCGCCAAUCGCCAGCGGUUAUGCGCUUCUGCACGGAAAGCAGCAGGCGCGCAGCUACUAUGCGCAGCAGGCGGGGGGUGGGCCGCGGGGGCAUGGGGGCGAGCAGAUGCGCAACUACCAGCGCCAGCAUUGGCGGAGUUCCGCGCAGCAGGCGGGAGGAGGGCGGCCGCGCACGCCAAUGGCAGUGCCGUUUCAGGUGGCACCUGAGGCCGCCCUGGCUCUGUUGCGAGAGCACCUGACGGGACACCUGCUGGCGCCCACCCCUGCUGACCUGGACUCGUCCGUGUCCCUCUCUGCCGUCUUCCAACCCUUCUGGACCUUCGCUGCUGACGUGGAGGUGGCGUACAGGGCGAAUGUGGGGAAGGCGUCAUCUGCCAUGGCAUUUAACCCGUACUCACGGCGCUGGGAGCGAUCGCAGCAUAUAAUGUGGCAGGCCACCCCCUGGUUCUCCCGCCCCCAGCAAGCACGCUCCACCGACCCGCUCAUGCAGCUAUACGCUGCCACCAGCCUCCCUCGCAGCUUGGCUCAGGUGCUAGCUGGCGACUCUAUCAAGCAGGCCGUGCCGCUGAUCGAUCGCAUGCUGACACCUGGCAGACAGCUGGAGCUCUUCACCAUUUCCAGGGAGCGAGCAUGGGCGGUGGUGAAGCAGCGAUGGAUCAAGCAUCUCGAGACAGAGCUCACCAAUCACCUCAAAUGGCGCUUUGAGGCAGAGCGGGUAACCGACCUGGAAAUUCACCUAACUGUUCACUCCGUGACUGCAAAGCCCAUCUUUCUGCCGUCCUACGUGGCAUCCUACUAUCACGACAGCUGGCGACACACGGCUGUCAUCUCUGCCACGUCAGCACCAUCCGCCGCGCCAGCUGUCGCCGCGGACCGCCUCUACUCCCAGCCAAAAUCCACGCUGGCAGCAGCCGCCGCACUGACAGCUGGCACCGCGCUAUUGGACUUCGUUCUCCUGGGGGCGGGUGGCUUGCCUUGGCUUUUCCACCCCGCAUCCUCCGCUUGGUGGAUGACAGUUGGCGCGCUCUCAUUGGCUGCCGGAUGGCUGGUCAGGAUGUCCCCGCGGCUAGCUUUGAUCCAACGGGGAGUGCAGCAUGCGAGGGAAGUGGCUGAGGUGGCAACGGGGGGCGGACUGUGGGGGGGAGGAGGGGGAGGGGAGGAGGAGGAGGAGGAAGAGGGGGAGUUUGGCGGGGCAGGGUGGGGAGAAAGAAGGGAAGGAAGGGCCGCGGGAGGUGAAGGGCCGGGGAACCCUUUUGACCGAUUCGCAGGGUUCGGCGACUUCAGAGUCUUCCGCCGAGCCUUUGUGAGUCCGGAGGACGUGUGGAGGGAGUUCGAGCGCAUGGCUCGGGGAGGCACUUCCUCCUGGGCUGGCGGUGGCUUCGGCAGCAGAGGGCCUAGCAGCGGUUACCAGCGCACCCAGCAGCAAAAAGAGCAGCAGCAGCAGCACCACCAGCAGCAACACGAUAGGAGACAACAGCAAUGGCAGCAGCAAUGGGAGCAGCAGUGGCAACAGCAGUACGGGCGAAAGGAGCAGCAGCAGCAGGAGCAGUGGCAGAAAAGGUCAGGAGGACGGACGAGUUCAGACCCCAAGGGCUACUACGCUGCUCUGGGGCUGGGGAGCAAAGGGCGGCAGGCGAGUCAGCAGGAGAUCAAAUCUGCGUUCCGCCAGCUGGCGAUGGAGACACACCCUGACAGGGAGCCUGACGAGAGAAAAAGAAAAGUGGCUGAGCAACGGUUUAAGAAGAUUGCCGAGGCCUACGAAGUGCUGAGGGACGCAAAGAAGCGCGCUGCGUAUGAUAGUGGUGGGGUUUGAACUAGUGAUGCAAGGGCAGUAGGCGCACCCUGACAGAGUGCCUGAUGAGGGAAAGAGGAAGGCGGUGGAGCAGCGAUUCAAUCGGAUCGCGGAGGCUGAUGAAGUGCGGAGGGACGCGAACAAGCGUUUGGCGCAUGAUAGUGGAUGGGUAAUGCACGGUGGUAGGCCGCUUGGAGGAAUCAAUCUCACAGGGAGCCUGACGAGAGGAAGAGUAGCGUAGAGAAUUGGUGCAAAAAGUUUUUGGAGGUCUAUGAGAUGCUGAGGAUGCAAAAGUGUGCUGCGUAUGAUGGUCGUGGGUUGUGAUGCAAACGGCAGUGGGAUGUGAUGAAAACUUAGGCGAAUUUUUAGACACUCUCACGAGGAGCUUAUGAGAGGAAGAGAAAGGUGGUGGAGCAACAUUUUAAGGACACUGCGGAGGCUUAUGAGGUGCUGAGGGACGCCAGCGAGCUUGUGUCAACUUAUACAUACAUUUGCAUGAAGAAGUUAUAGGCUAGAAUAGGUGGGUGUUCUUAGAGAGUACAACCCAAACCCUACAUCUCCAUGUUCUCUCC